CUCUCAUACGGACAGCAGCAGCACUGCACACAUACAAACUUUUCGCACCACCGUUUCUUCAGUCAGAGAGUGUCCCCGAAAAGCGAUCGAGAAAAAAAAAAGUUAUCGGAUACCGUGGCAAUAAAAGGCAUUUUUAAUCCGUUCGGUUCCCGUUUGUUACGAAUGUUUCCGUGUCCGCGGAUUGUUCGCGUUCUAGUCCCUCUCGAGCAGUAGAAGAAUCCGCCGGUCGUUGCGCGAUUUCGCGUCCCCCAGCAAGAACGCAAUCCGAAAGAAAAUCUCGUUCCUCGUCCAGUACACACGGCCAUCUUGAAAGUUAAUUCCCCUCGUCUUCACUCUUGGGGUGCUGUCGCUCGGCAAAUCCGUACAGGGUAAUAUUCGGCUGUUUGCCGUCGUAGAUGCGCACCUUCUGUGGCGGACCGCGGAACGAGAACCACCGUGUUCCGGCUAAGAGGAGAGAAAGAAGCGGCCGCUGCUGAUAUCCAGUUGGAAUAACUACGCAGAAUAUCAGGAGGACCACUUCCAGGAUUGACCUCGAUCUUCCUUUGUUGCGAUUUUUUUCGGUCCGGAUCGAGAACCGGGAGGAAAAGUCAACGGUGUCAAGUGCAUUGAGCGGAGGAGGUUCCUGUUUUGUAUGCCCAGAUUAUGCCUGAUCCCUGCGACCAGAUGUAUACAUAGCCAUGGCUGCGACGCGAAAGUUGCAAGGUGAAAUCGAUCGGUGUCUGAAGAAGGUCACUGAAGGAGUAGAAACGUUCGAGGAUAUCUGGCAGAAAGUACACAAUGCUACAAACAGUAAUCAAAAGGAAAAAUAUGAAGCCGAUCUCAAGAAGGAAAUCAAGAAGCUGCAGAGGUUACGUGAUCAGAUCAAAUCAUGGAUCGCAUCCGGCGAGAUCAAAGACAAGAGUGCGUUGUUGGAGAAUCGACGGCUCAUAGAAACUCAAAUGGAACGCUUCAAAGUAGUGGAGCGGGAGACGAAAACGAAAGCAUACUCCAAGGAAGGCCUUGGAGCUGCGCAAAAGAUGGACCCUGCGCAGCGUGAGAAGGAGGAAAUCAGCAGUUGGCUGACAACGUCCAUCAGCAGCCUGCAAAUUCAGAUCGACCAGUUUGAAUGCGAGGUCGAAUCUCUGAUAGCAGGGAAAAAGAAGAAGCUCGAUAAGGACAAACAAGAGAAGAUGGAUGAACUGAAGGGCAAGCUGGAGAGGCACAAGUUCCACGUAACCAAAUUGGAAACGUUACUCCGAAUGUUGGAUAAUGACGGUGUGGAGGUGGAACAGAUCAAAAAGAUCAAGGAAGACGUGGAGUACUACAUCGAAUCCUCGCAGGAACCCGAUUUCGAGGAGAACGAGUACAUCUACGACGAUAUCAUCGGGCUAGAUGAAGUGGAAAUAUCCGUUCUUCCUUUAGCAGGCAUGGGUCCGGGAGGAACGGAAAGCAAUAACAGUAACGAAACCGCAGGAUCUCCCAGCAGCUUAAUCUCUGGAACAAGCCCGUCGCAAUCGCCUGUGAUGAACUGCAGUGCUUCUACGAUGCACAACCACAGCAGUGAUGCAUCCGUUGCUGUCGUCGAUAGCAGUAGCGACAAACGACCGAAAGAUGUGAAGAUAACGCCGGUGAAACCUACGGCAAUCCGACCAAACAAAGUGGACAUCAGCGCGUUAUCAGCCACUGCCGGAAGCAUUGCUGUGAGUAACAGCAGUAGCACCAACAAUACGUCCAGUAGCAAGCCGGGUUUGAUAAGUUCGACACCGAGUAAAAACCACGCGAAUGCAGCGGCAGUUGUGGCCGGAGCGGUGGUACCUAACAUUGCCGGUAUUGUUGCUCCACAGGCACCUCCUGGUGGACAUGUUCAGACCAUAAUUGGUCCUGCAUUUGCGGCCGUCGCAAAACAACAUCCCAAAAACGGCACGUUGCAUCCAACCAGUGUCACAUCUUCGUCAACGACUUCGUCGGUUUCGAGUGGUCAGCCGUCGUCAGCGGUAGCACCUAAUGCAUCCGGUGCGGCAGUUAGCAACCUCAGUCAGAUUGUAAAUGCAUCUCAACCUACGCUUAGUCAACAGUUGCAACAGGCCCUGCAACAGCAGCAACAGCAACAGCAGACCAACCUCGCGUCCAGUCUGUUAACGAAUGCCGCGUCCGUGGUGGCCGGUGGUAACGUGCCCCCGCAACCCACGCCACAGCAAUCGCAGCAGCUGCCCCAACAGGUUCCUGGCCAAAAUUCCAUACCACUACCACACGGAGGAGCGCUCACGUCAGCGUCGUCCGGUAUCGAGAAUAAUCACGUAAUGACGACUUCAUCGGCGUCAACGAUUAGCAGUAGUGGAGCGAAUAUCAUCAAUAACUGUGUAUCUCCUAGUAAUUCGGCUGUCAGCAGCAGGGCAUCCCCCAGCUUGAUGUCCCCGCCACAGCAGCAACUCCUAAACGGUCCUACAACACUCGGUAAGAAUGCUACCAAUCAUGCUGUAUCAAUGCAUAUAGCAAGCACUCAUCCGAUGUCUACAUUGAAAAACAUAGCCCAGGAAGUGAUAAACCGGACCAGCGGAGGUUUGGAAUCUAGCCCGUCGCCGGUUGCCAGCAGUACACUGGUGCAGCAACAGGCCUCCCAAGCCGGUACCCAAACGCAGCAGCAACCUCCGACGGUACAGCAGCAACCUCAGCGCCAACCCGAUACAAGACAACCCGGUGGACAGCCUGUUCAAUCAGGCCAGCAGCAGCCCGGCGCCCAACAGCAGCAACCACCACAACAAACGCAACCACAGCAACAGCCACAACAACAGCAGCCGUUUACCCUGGUGGAUCCGGCCAACAGUGCGAACUCUCUGAUACCUACGUCGUCAUCUACUGCCAUCAGCAACGGGCCAAAUGCUAUCAUCAACACUAGCACUAGUAUCGUUGCAAAUACGGCGAAUCCUAACGUGACCAGCGCCAGUAUGAAAGUAAGCGGCACGAACGAAGCGCACAUACCGCCGCUAUUAGGCGUGGCACCGCUUGGGCCAUCGCCGCUGCAGAAAGAACAUCAGAUACAAUUCCAAAUGAUGGAAGCCGCUUACUACCACUUGCCAACGCCAAGUGAUUCCGAAAGGCUGAAGUCCUAUUUGCAACGACAGCCCGUGCAGACACCUCCGCAUUAUCCACAGCAACCACUUCCACAUUCUGACACGGUAGAGUUUUUCCAGCGCCUUUCGCCUGAAACGUUGUUCUUUGUGUUUUACUACAUGGAGGGCACCAAGGCGCAAUAUCUGGCGGCGAAGGCUCUCAAAAAGCAAAGCUGGCGAUUUCAUACGAAGUAUAUGAUGUGGUUCCAGCGCCAUGAAGAGCCGAAGAUCAUCAACGAAGAGUUCGAACAGGGCACCUACAUCUACUUCGACUAUGAAAAGUGGGGUCAACGGAAAAAGGAAGGAUUCACUUUUGAAUACAAGUACUUAGAAGACAGGGACCUGAAUUGAUCUACGAUGAUUGUGGAACUUCUUUUUAAAAAAAUAUUAUAAAAAUGGAAAACUGAAAAAAUAAAAAAUCGGAAAAUAUACUGAAAGCAUAUUUGAAACCAACAAACAAGGGUCAAAUUGAACAAACUCGAAACGCACUGUAAAAGUCUAUCGCCAUCAUCGAGAAACGUGAGAAUUUUUUCAUUCGUACCCCUUGUCCCAUGUUAAAUAGUGGGUUCGUACAGGUUCCACACUCGCUUAGUAAAAAUCGUCCUAGAACAAUGCACAGUGCGCUCGUUUUCUGCAUCAAAGAAUCCUGUUUUGAGACGAAGACAUCCGAUCCGUCUGUCCAAAUUCCCAGAGGCAGUCCCGCAGAGAAGAGAAAGGCCCCCAACACGAAAAAAGGGGAGAUGAAAUGGAAUAUUAACCACUUUCAGCUGUUGAUUGGCAUUGCCCAAAUUGCUCAGAACAUCGCCCAAAAUUUGAAAAUCUCACAAGCACAUCCACACGCAUAUUGUAGCGAUUGUUAGCUGCGCAAGCUGUAUGUAGAAAUUUACGUUUUUCUUUCGUUACGUCCGACUUUGGAAGUUUACUCAUGUUCGUUUUAUUCAUCGCUUAUAUAUGUACUGCCAUCCAUCAAGGUCGUAUUAGGGUUCGUUGCUUUGAAUUCCAAUUGUCUAAAUUGUUCCUUGUACUAGUUGUCCUGCCGUUUUUUUUCUGCUGGAGAAACUUUCUUUGUUAUGCAAACGGAUAAGGCACUUGUUUGGAGCGCUAAUCGAAAAGUUAAAUGUUACAAAACUAUUUAUUCACAAAUGACCAUGCCGGUAACUUUCGUUUUCAGCACUAUUGAUCAAUAUGUAAAGCAUUUUUAAUUCUCAUUGAAGAAUAGUGAUUGGUUGCAAAUAGACAGUUCAACCGGAACCGUUUUAGCAUGUGCUGUGUAACAUCUUUUUUCGCUUAGAGUUAUUCAAACAUAAUUCAAUAUUAAGAAAUAUAAAAGAAAAAGUCACAAAAAGUAAGCAGUUUUUUUCGCCCGUCAGUCUUUGAAUAAAAGUCAUCAUCAUUAUAGUUGUAGUAGGAAAAAUCAGUCAUUGUAGAACAAGACUCAGCGUAUAAUAGUAAGGACAUUCAUUUUAUAAAUAUACACACAACACACCAACCACCAAAUGCAAUGCAAAUAAAAAAAUAGUACAGCAAAAGUAUGAAAACAACAAAUCAUAUAUUGGAAAUAUUAGAACACGUUUUUUGAACAACAUAAACUAGCGAGAAUAGCACUGUUUCUUUUACCGGAAAGAAAUUGCUCCUUCCAUUCGAUUAACAGUAACAAACCAAGAAACGUUCAUCUAUAUCUUGAUGUGAAGACCGAGCGACAAGAUAACAAAGAUAACAGGUUUUUUGGAACAGUGAACAAUUAUAACUAAACGCCCCAUAAGCCAGGAACGACUGUCCGUUCAUA